AUGAUUCGCAUCGCAUCCUCUUCUUACUCACAGUUUGUUGCUUCGGCAAACCCAGCAAUUCAUACUUCUCGCUUCAUCUCAACUUCCGGAAUCGACUAUAAAAUCAAAAGAGGGAAAUCUGAUCGAAGAGUAAUUCAUGCUAAGAAAAUUUCCAAGAAAACGGAUUCUCUUCCUUUUGUUAUUGAAGAAGGCUUCAUUUCUGGAGCAACACUUAUUCAGAGCGCGUUGACCCAUCAGCCACCAAAUGGAUUGGCUAAAUUUGGAAGAGAUGGAGGAAGAAGUGAAAAAAUGCACAUUUUGUAUCCAAAAGAAAUCGUCGAACAUCUGAAUAAGUAUGUUGUCGGACAGGAGACAGCAAAAAAGUGUCUUGCUGUUGCUGUAUAUCAACACUACAGAAGAGUUGAAAACAAUUUGAGAGUUACGGAGCAAUGGAUGCUCUCUGAAGCCGUAGCUGCUGCUAAAGAACGGAAGAAAUUAAGGAAACAGAAUCCCGAAAUCGAGGAGGAAUAUCUUCCAGAAUACAUUGAAAAAUCACAACGUCAAGUUUUGAAGGAUCUGGAGAAACGUCAGGAUAUCCUUCUUGAAAAAUCAAACAUGAUUCUUCUCGGUGCAUCAGGAACUGGCAAGACAUACAUGACUCAAAAGUUGGCUGAAGUUCUAGAUGUUCCGAUUGUCAUUUGUGAUUGUACAACGCUGACACAAGCUGGAUACGUUGGAGAUGAUGUUGAUACAGUUGUUCAGAAGCUGUUAGCGGAAGCUAGAGGAGAUAUUGAGAGAUGUCAACGUGGAAUCGUCUUCUUGGAUGAAUUCGACAAAAUUUACACGUCUUCGGAUCCUCUUCACACUUCCGGAAAUCGAGAUGUAAGCGGAAAAGGAGUACAACAAGCAUUGUUAAAGCUUGUCGAAGGAAGUCUCGUAAAAGUGAGAGAUCCGCUGGCACCAAACUCAAAAGUUACAAUUGAUACUACUAACAUUCUAUUCAUAUCUUCUGGAGCAUUUUCAAAUAUUGAGCAUAUUGUUGCUAGACGAUUGGACAAAAGAAGUCUUGGUUUCUCUUCAUCUGCAUCUCCUCACGAAUACAAUGAUCAGCACACAACGGAAAAAUUGAUGGACUCUGAUGAAGAAAAUGUGUCAAAAGCAAGAGAUGAAAUGCUCGUGCAAUGUGAUCAAGGAGAUCUUAUUUCAUUUGGAAUGAUCCCUGAACUUGUUGGCCGUUUUCCAGUGAUUGUUCCGUUCCAUUGCCUCGAUAAAUCACACCUAAAGGCUGUGUUAACUGAGCCAAAAGGAAGCUUGGUUGCUCAAACGAAAAAGUUCUUUGAGAACGAGAACGUGAAACUAACAUUCUCUCCAGCUGCUAUCGAUAAGAUCGCUGAUAUGGCUGUCAAGAGAAAAACUGGAGCAAGAGCUUUAAAGAGCAUCGUUGAGAAAGCUGUGAUGAAUGCGAAGUACGAAUACCAGGAUCCGAUGUGA